GUACUCACUAUUCACCGACGACGUUAAAAGUAAAAGAAAGGAGAAACGUAGUGUCACGCUACAAGACGUUGGGGAAUCACCGGCGAACAUUUUACCGCCGUUAGUGUUACCACAUUUAAAGGUGGAGACCAAGAACGAUCUCCUCGCGCGCGGGCCUGAAUUUAAUGCACCUACUGCAGGAGACCUGCAUUUUUUUCACGAUAUUUCGCGUUAUACAAUAUUAGGCAUCUUUUGUAUGGCGUUGGGUUCGCCAUGGGCAUCCUCGUGGUACGUUUUUGUUGCGGUCACCUCCUUCAUCACCACACUAAUGUGGAGUUUUGUCUACUUGCUGAGUAUCAGAGAGGCGUUGAAGCUUCCCAUCAAUUGGGUUUUAUCUGAAUUGAUCAGUACGACCUUCGAGGCGUUCUUCUUCUUAAUAGCCUUCAUAGUGAUGUUCACAUCUGUAUAUGGAUCUUACGCGAAAAAUGUCGCUGCUGCUGUAUUUGGUUUAUUCAAUACCCUCGCAUAUGCUGGCAGUUCUUACCUGCUGUUCCAAGAGCACAGAGCAAGCUUAGCGGUGUCAUCGUGA